ACCAGGGGCUGGGUAGCAGCGGAAAGAUCGAGCAAGCCGCGACAAGACAAGCAAGGUGGAGUAUAGUGGAUAUUGACAAAGCCCAACUGCAACGUCGUGACAGCGUCUGUCAACACCACAGAGGCAUAUUUGAGCAGCAUAUAUUCAGCUCAUGCAUUUUUAGACAGCCCAUCGUCGCCAUGACAGCGGAGGAGAUCAUCAACGUGAAGGAGGUGGAGAUCAUCAAGGUGAUCCUGGACUUCCUGAACUCCAGGAAGCUGCACAUCAGCAUGCUGGCGCUGGAGAAGGAGAGCGGAGUAAUCAACGGCCUGUACUCUGACGACAUGCUCUUCCUCAGACAGUUGGUGUUGGACGGCCAGUGGGAUGAGGUGCUGCAGUUCAUCCAGCCCCUGGAGUGCAUGGACAAGUUUGACGGGAAAAGGUUUCGCUACAUCGUUCUGAAGCAGAAGUUUCUGGAAGCGCUCUGUGUGAACAACGCCAUGUCUGCAGAGGAUGAGCCUCAGCAUCUGGAGUUCACCAUGCAGGAGGCUGUGAAGUGUCUUCAUGCUCUGGAGGAGUUCUGUCCCUGUAAAGACGACUACAGCAAGCUGUGUCUGCUCCUCACCCUGCCCCGCCUCACCAACCACGCCGAGUUCAAGGACUGGAACCCGAGCACGGCCAGGGUGCAGUGCUUCGAGGAGGCGUGCUCCAUGGUGGCAGAGUUCAUCCCGGCCGACAGGAAGCUGAGCGAGGCGGGCUUCAGGGCCAGCAGCAACCGGCUGUUCCAGCUGAUGCUGAAGGGCGUGCUGUACGAGUGCUGCGUGGAGUUCUGCCAGAGCAAGGCGACGGGCGAGGAGAUCACGGAGGGCGAGGUCCUCCUGGGGGUGGACAUGCUGUGUGGGAACGGCUGUGACGACCUGGACCUGUCCCUGCUCUCCUGGAUGCAGAACCUGUCUUCCGGCGUGUUCUCCUGCGCCUUCGAGCAGAAGCAGCUCAACAUCCACGUGGACCGGCUGGCCAAGCCCCUGAAGGCCGGCUACUCCGACCUCCUGACCCCCCUCAUCAGCAAGCUGUCUCCCUACCCCUCCUCGCCCCUGCGCCGGCCCCAGUCUGCAGACACCUACAUGUCUCGCUCCCUCAACCCCGCGCUGGACGGCCUCUCCUGCGGCCUCACGGGCCCGGAGAAGAGGGGUCCGGGGGGGGACGCGGCCGGGGGCAGGGGGGGCGUCUCCCCCAUGUCCCAGUCCUUCGCUAACUUCCAGUACCCUGGGGCAGGGGGGCAGAACCUGAGCAGGAGCCUGGUGAUGGAGAGCUCCAUCUUCGAGGAGUCUCCUGACAGCUCCAGGACAGAAACCCCGGUAGAUAAGAUGAUGGGGUCAGGACCUCAGAACCUGCGGCCUGCCUCGGCCCCGGGAGAGGACGCCCCCGCACCUGGUCCUGGAGACAGUAAUGAGCUGCGUGACUCGACCGAGCGGUUCGAGGAGUUCUACCGGCAGCGCCUGCGUGUGCAGCAGCACCUGGAGACCAAGCAGCAGCACAGACAGCUGUACCAGCAGAUGCUGCUGGAGGGGGGCGUCCAGCAGGGGGGCCCAGGGGCCCCCGACAUGCAGCACAGCCUCACCGAGAAGUUCCUCAACAAGUCCAUCCAGAAGCUGGAGGAGCUGAACGUGGGCAUGGAGAGUCUGGGGGAGGAGGUGGCGUCUCUAAGCCAGCAGUGCAACGGAGACUCCCUGGAGCCCGCCAGCCUGGUCCCGGAGCAGGGCGGGGGAGGGGGCGGGGGAGGGGGGGGGAGCAGCACCCCGCAGCAACACAGACCGGGGGGCCGGGGGGUGACCCUCCCAGACGAGUCCCCCAUCAUAUCCCAGAGCGGACAGAAAGACAAGGGUGGCCAGCGAGGACUACCAGACUCUCCAGGCUCCUUAACCCGGAGUAAAGAGGGAGACCAGCCCAAGGCCCUGUUUGUGUGUGUGAACAACCUGGAGGACACGCAGGCGGUGCGGGCGGUGGCCUUCCACCCCUCGGGGGGGCUGUACGCCGUGGGCUCCAACUCCAAAACACUACGAGUGUGUGCCUACCCAGAGACACUGGACACCAGUGGUUCAGGUAUGACCAGGUCUCCGGAGGUGUGUUUCAAGAGGAACAAGCACCACAAGGGCUCCAUCUACUGUGUGGCCUGGAGCCACUGUGGCCAGCUGCUCGCCACCGGCUCCAACGACAAGUACGUCAAGGUCCUGCCCUUCAGCGCCGACACCUGCAACGCCACCGGUCCAGAUCUAGAGUUCAGCAUGCACGAUGGCACGGUCAGGGACCUGGCCUUCCUGGAGGGGCCGGAGAGCGGGGGGGCCAUCCUGGUGAGCGCCGGGGCGGGGGACUGCAACAUCUACACCACCGACUGUCAGAGAGGCCAGGGGCUGCACGCACUCAGCGGACACACAGGUCACAUCCUGUCUCUGUACACCUGGGGGGGCUGGAUGAUAGCGUCGGGCUCUCAGGAUAAGACGGUUCGUUUCUGGGACCUGCGUGUGCCCAGCUGUGUGCGGGUGGUGGGGACUGCCUUCCAUGGCUCAGGCAGCCCGGUUGCCUCGGUAGCGGUGGACCCCAGUGGUCGUCUCCUAGCGACAGGGCAGGAGGACAGCGGCUGCAUGCUGUAUGACAUCAGAGGGGGGCGCAUGGUCCAGACCUACCGCCCCCACACCAGCGACGUGCGCUCGGUUCGAUUCUCCCCCGGGGCACGUUACCUACUCACCGGUUCCUACGACACCAAGGUCAUGGUGACCAACCUCCAGGGAGACCUGACUAAGCAGCUUCCUGUGACCGUGGUCGGGGAGCACGGUGACAAGGUGAUCCAGUGUCGGUGGCACCCACAUGACCUGUCCUUCCUGUCCUCCUCCGCAGACCGCACCGUCACACUACACACACACAACCCCUAACACACACACACAACCCCUGACACACACACAACCCCUGACACACACAACCUCUAACAUGAGCGCACACAGCCCCUAACACAAACACAUGCACAAACAAGCCCUUACAGACAGGCCCGCACACACACACACACACACACAACCCUUAGGGUUUACCCAGACAGCCAGACCCAGACUGACACACAUCCCCAUGUUGCUGACUGGACACUCUGAACAUCCCAUCAAGUCCUCCAGCUUUGAAGUAUCAUCGCUGAUCGCCCUUCAUUCUCUCCUGUCAGUCCUCUCCUUUAACUGAAUGAUUUCAUCCCUUCAUCUCCUUCCCCCAACAGACUGAAGCCCCAGUGAUGUCACUGUGGAGGUGACUGCAUAUGCAACCUAGCUGCUAUACUGGUGUUUGAUGUCCUGUGGUUUUAACAGCAGUGAGUCCAGACCGUGGGUGUCGUUCCAGACCUUCAGCACAGUGUACAGUUCAUGAUGGUGCCUUGAGUUCAUCACAUUCUCUCCACUCUGGAGGUCAAAGGUCGGAGCUAUCCUGCUAAACAGGAAGUGACCAGAGUUUAUAGACGGUCUCCUUUGUUUACCAGAUCUCUGGUCUGUGUCGACCCGCUUGGUUAAGGAGUGUUCAUCACAUUCCGGAAUCUUCCUUCGAGUGUUCAUCACGUUCCGGAAUUUUACUUAAAUAGAUAUGAUCUACAUUCCCCACUCUGCUUAAGCACGGUGUGUUAAUUCCAGCCAGCUAUAUGAUAAAGGCUUUGAUAAACACAUCUGGGUCACUAAGCUUCUGAAACACUUCCUGUCUCCUCCUGGCGUGUCUGGGUGGAGUUUGGGAGUUUCCUGUCCCGUUGGUUCUGCCAGACAUGAUCCGUCAAGCACAGAUAAGGAUGUGAACCGAUAUUGCUGGGACCCAGAUGUAAUAGUGAACUGAUCAGUUAGCUACUACCUACCUGUCUGGUGGGUGUUUCAGAUGUCGAUGUUACUGUUCAUCGCUCGAUCCCUGCUGUGUAAAUACUCAACGGAAAAGUGUACAUUUGCUAGUGAGUUUAAUUUAAAAAUGUAAAAUCAGUGUUUUGCUAGGGCAGCUGUAAUGGCGUCAUGCUAAGGCUUGCAAUCUACGACAGACGGUAGGGAAUUAUUCAACAAUAAAAGGUCUUUAUUUUGGGCACCGCUAUGUUCUGUUAGGAACUUUUAGCAUUCACCGUUGAGGUUUUUAUUUAGAAGUUCAAUGCAACUUUACAGGUUUAUUUUUCCGUACAGUAGAUGGCAGUGUUUGGCCAUACUAACGGGGCGUCUCCCUAACGCACUAUUAACUUAUAGAAAAGCACGGCGUUGUUUCAGAAUAUUGUUAUGAAUUUAUAUUUGGGAUAGUUUGUGUUUUAUCGUUUCUUUUUCAUGUUUUACGUUGACUCUUUCUUGGUUUCGUUUCGCCAGACACAAGCUUGAGUUUGUAAUACUUUGUAACCGUUACGUCUGUACAGGUGUUCAAUUUUUAAACUAAAAAGGCCAAAACGUACAUAGAUGUAUUUAUUUUAUCGCUCAUUUUUAACGUAUGUACAGUCAAUGGUUUUCUGUUGAUAUAUAUUAUAAUGGCUCCUGUAUUUUGCUUUUCUAAACCUAGU